ACACCAUAAGAAGAAAUCCCAAAACGACAACCUUUUUUUCAUUCUCUAUAUGGAAGCUGUCGGCCGGAAUAUGCCCAACCAGUCUGUAAGCUUGAAGGAGACUGAGCUCUGCCUCGCCUUGCCCGGCGGCGGAGAUCCGCCUCCUGACCUCACCCUUAAACCUUCCGGCAAGAGGGGUUUCUCUCAAACUAUUGAUCUGAAGCUUAACAUUCAGAGCAACGAUGACGGCGGAGAUUCUCGCGUUGGAGUCGGUCUCAACAACGAUAUUAAGAACAUUCCGACGAGCGUCGACAUUCCGAAGAGCCUCGACUCCAAGGAUCCGGCUAAGCCUCUUGUCAAGGCACAAGCUGUGGGUUGGCCACCGGUGCGAUCGUACAGGAAGAACGUCAUGGCACAGAAGAACACGAGCGGUGAAGGAACGGAGAAAGCGAGCGUUGCAUUCGUGAAGGUUUGCAUGGACGGAGCUCCAUAUCUUCGUAAGGUAGACUUGAAAAUAUACCAAAGCUACCAAGAACUUUCCGAUGCCUUGGCUAAGAUGUUUAGCUCCUUCGCAACGGGUAAAUGUUCUGGUACUCAAGGAAUGAUAGACUUCAUGAACGAAAGAAAGUUGAUGGAUCUUCUCAAUAGCUCAGAGUUCGUUCCAACUUACGAAGAUAAAGACGGUGAUUGGAUGCUCGUCGGGGACGUUCCAUGGGAGAUGUUUGUCAAUUCAUGCAAGCGUUUGAGAAUCAUGAAAGGUUCUGAAGCCAUCGGGCUAGCCCCAAGAGCUAUGGAGAAAUGCAAGAGGAGAAGCUAGAACAGAAGUGUUUGUGAAGAUGGUUCCAGCUUGGAAACAUGCAUGUUGUUUUGUGUGUAUUUUUCAAACUUUAAUGUUUUUUUUUUUAUAAUUUAAAUUAUUAGUAUAUACAGAAAAAAAAAAAAAAA